CUCAGUCACAUGGCUCCACCUAAUGGGAGAGCAAAGAAAAAGGAAGAAACUCAUAUAAAAGCAAUUAAAGAUGAAUUCUGUCCUCUGACAAAAAAGCUCGUCUGUGACUUCCCAGAGAUUAGCUCGUCAACAAACAGCAGCAGCAUUCCCUUAAACUUACCAUCGUCACCAUCAGAUUCUCAUUACAGCCGAAGUAUACAAGCAGCUGAUGAAUGGUUUUUUGAUGAUUCUCUAGCAGAAAAUAAUUCUCCAAAGCCAUUCCUUGGGGAACCCCUAAUGGAAAAAGUAUUUUCGUACCUGUCAACCAUUCCAUCAGAAGAAUGCACUUAAAAUGUAAUGAAUAUGACAAUUUUUGAUGAUCAAAAUGUUGACAGCGUUAAGGAAAUGUUUUCAUGAAGAAACACUCAAGUUGAAAUACAAAACCUUCAACAUAACAUUGAAUGACUUUUUUUCUUUUGAAUCCUUGUAUACCCUGAAAUCUGGUAAAGUUAAAACUGAAUUACCAGCUUCUGACUCUCCUAACGUUCCUGUGCUAAUUUUGCUUUUCUUGUGCUUUAUCAUAGAGUGGGCCUGCUUCCCUUGCUGGCUCUUAUCUCUAGAAAUAAAACUAUGGGAAGAAUUAUAGUAGUAUCAUGGAUAUUAACUUUAACUCCUUGUACCUCACAAAAGAUAAAUAACAUGAUUGUAUUUUCAACAUGCACAAGAAAUACUUCAAGAAAUCUUUAUGAAUAUAUUUUAAUAAAACAUUAACUGUGUAA